GGCGAGAAACACUGGACCCCGUCUUACAAAGAGUUACGAUUGAUCCGAUCAAUCUCAACAAUAUGGAAAUCCAUCAAUGUCAUAUUUUUUACAGGAAAUUUGCACAGUGUCCUCUGUAAGCAAAGAGGAAAACACUGAAUUUUCGCGAAAACAAUGAAUGUAUGAACAUACAUUACAUAUAGAAAAUAUUUUGAAUAUGUAUAUGCAUUUUAGAUGUUGGCGUUGCUGGCUUUCCAUAGUUGUGAUUGAUCGGAUCAAUCGCAACUCUUUGAAAGACGGAACCCAGACCAUAGAUUCAUUUCUUUGCUCUAUGACCGAUCAAUGGCCCGUUUCUCAAAGAGUAUUGUAACCUUGCCAUUAUGGUAACAGGGCUCAGCAGGCAAUCACAAUCAAGGUUUACCCGGAAGCUGCAAUAAUAUAUCUAUUAAUAAUAAUCUAUUACGGUGAACGUUUGGUUUGGAAUCGGUUUCGUUGGUGUGGAUGUAGCAAAGGCCACCGUUUCGGAAGCAAUCACUGACCGAUAACAUCACGAUGGUCUGUUAAUGGUAUUUGAUCUGUUGGUUUCGACUGUAUCUAGUAUCUAUAUACGUUUACCAGGAGAUUAAUGGUCCAGUCGAAGUACAGAACAAACUACAGGCCUACUCCCAUAAACUUAUCCAAUCGAUGACACCAAGUCGAACUCAGCAAACAUCGACAAGGUGUGCACUGUUCACGGAAUUUGGAAUACGUGUAUGGGAAUUCGGCAUUGAUUCACAAUUGGACAUUGAUAUGCAGUUCACACCAUAAUUAAAUUUAUGAAGAAACAGAAUGUGAAAAAUUGAGGAUGAAUUAAGCGUACAAAUUCCCGUGAAGACCUUGUCGCGUGUUAAUUAUUUUUCGUCGACCUCGCAGCAACUUCUGUCCUUAAUAUUAACAGCCUUUAAUAGUUUAGAUAUCUUGAUAGUUUGAGCGUCCCUGCAUGGUUAUCUAGAUCAGAGCUAUCUUUACAAAACAUCCUCUAAAAGACACGAAUAAUUUUGACUUGAAAAGAAUGGAGGGAACACCAGAUAGUACAAAUUCUGCAGCAGCCGGUCAUCGUCUGAUCAUCUGGUGUGUUCCGCGCUCGGGAUCCACUGCUCUGCUGAAGUGUCUUAGCUUCCUACGGGAACAUCCGACGACCAAAGACAGCAAUGGUCUCGCUACCUGCAGCCAUGAAAAGGACGAUGAUUCGGGAACAGAUACGACAACGGAGAAUGGUGCAGAGGUCUGGUUUGAGCCCUAUAACAUGUCCCGUUUUGUCAGGAUGGCAAGCAGGAAAGUCCACAACGAGGAGUUGCCGCCAGAACUCGACGGCAACGAAGAGAACUACUAUCGCGCCCUCAAAGCGGUGGAUCUCAUGUUGCCGUUGGUACCAGGAGGAUUGAAAAAUCCGAAUCCCUACUUGAUAUCACUCAAAGGAAUCAAACAGACAUUGGAGACUUCCAAGAGCAAGAUCAUAGUCGUAAAAGACAUGGCUUGUGGUAUUCAUGGUCAUUUCAACUUGAUCCCUGCCAGAUUCCGUCACGUGUUCCUCAUCAGGGAUCCGAAACAGGUGUUCCCAUCUCUCCGGAAACUGUUCCUUGGAUUUCUCCGACUUGAUGAAGAGGCCAUGUCGAAGGCAGACAUCCAAAAGUUCCACCCAUUCUAUAGUGAACAUCACUGGUUUGGAGAGCUCUAUGACUUGUGGAAGCAUGUAAGGUCAACAUUCGACCCAAACCCCUUGAUCCUGGACACCGCGGAUCUCUUGCGCCAUCCAGAACCGUGCUUGAGGAAGAUCUGUGAGGCGAUUGGUGUUGGAUAUCAGGAUGGUCUUCUGGAGUGGAGUGCAUCACCGGAUGUGGUUGGGAGGUGGCAGAACGGGAUAUCAGAGUCACUUGGCGCCAAAAAUCUGCGAGAAACGAUGGGUAUGAAGCGGGCGUUUGAGAGCAGCCGUUUUGUUCCUCCGGCUACAACACAGCCUCCUCGUGCGCCCUCUACGUUGACCCCAGACUGCGUCCGUAUUAUCAAGGAAUGCGAUGGAUGGUACAAAGAGAUGUACCAAAAUCGAUUCGUACCUACAUGAUGACUAGUUUGAUGCGAUGAAAAAUAAAAGUAGACCUAGACGUACAAUAAUUUGGGACAAUCAACACUCUGUAUUUCUGAGAAAUACAUACAUUUGAUGGAUAAGAUGCAGAUACAACAACAAAGAAAGAAAACAAAAGUACCAAAAUAAGUACAAAUAUGCUCUUUACCUCAUAGCUUACAAAAACAGCACAGCCGUACAGAGUGAAACAGUAGAGAUCUCUUAUACACGCAUGGUCCAACCUCAUACAGAGUUAGAUCGGGUCUUUCCUAGAUCUACCGAUCUAUAGAUAAAUCUAUAGAUAAAUUAAACCCUAGAACGUCUUAUAAACCUCUUCGGAAUUUGCAAUGCUGUCUCGAAUAAAAAAAAAUAUGCAGGCUUUAAAAUGAAGAUGAAAGGUCCAUACCUAGAGACGUAGGGAGUAUAGGGGCAGAGACAGGCACGAGGAGAGGGAUUGGAAUUUUUAUGUAAUUGUUUAGAGGGUUUUUUUUUUGUUUCGUUUUUUUUUUUUUUUUGGGGGGGGGGGGGGUUACGUUGUUUUGGUUUUGUAGUUUAUUUUUCAAAUAUAAACGUAAUUGACCGAGAUAUCAUGUCAUGAUUGAAACGUAGUCCUCUCAUGCUCUGUAGUAGUAACUAUCUUUUCAAUCAAUAGUGACGGCCGCGGACUAUGCUACGGGCAGGGGGCGCGACAGGGACCUGAACGGGAACGACGUAUUACGAGGGGGUGCUGGUUCAAAUUUGACCCAAAAAAAGUUACACUACAAAAUGAAGGUGAAUUUUGUAAAAUUUCUGCUAUUAGGCCUAAGCUUACCUACCAGAUUUUCAGGGGGUGCUGACUAUUAUGAAUAACACACGCAGCACCCCCAGGUUUUUUUUAAGGUCGUGUGGAAAAAUGGGGCAAAAAGGAGGAAGAAAGGGAAGAGAGAAGAAGAAGCAUAAAGGGAGUUGUAUGUCGCAUGAAUCUACACUCUAACAUGUCUAAAUUACAUGGAUUUAAAUUAAAGGGAUGGUCCAGGCUGGAGAUAUUUUUAUCUCGAUAAAUAGAGUAAAAUUCACAGAACAAAAUGCUGAAAUUUGACCAAAAUCGAAUAACAAAUAACAAAGUUAUUGAAUUUUAAAGAUUUGCAUUAUUCCGGUGAAACAGUUCUAGGCAUGUCUUUAUGAAUAUUUAUUAGGUGGGCUGAUGAUGUCAUAUCCCCACAUGUUCUUUUGUAUUUUAUUAUAUGAAAUAAAGUUAAUUCAAAAUUUAUCUACCAAGAACUAAAACAAUUGGAUUGACAACUGCUUAAGUGCAUGAGCUAUUUAUUGCCGCAACUUAUUUCAUCAUAACAGAGACACAUCAUUUACACAUGUAUGAAAAAAUGAAACAUUUAUGAUUUCAUGUAAUAACAUAAACAAGAAAGUGGGGAUGUGACAUCAUCACCCACCUAAUGAAUAUUCAUGAAGAUGUGCAUAUAACUGUUUUCACAAAAUUUGUAUAAACUUUGAAAUUCAAUAACUUCGUUAUUUGUUAUCCGAUUUUGAUGAAAUUUUCAGCAUUUUGCUCUGUGAAUUUUACUUUAUUUAUACAGAUAUAAAUAUUUUCAGCCUGGACCAUCCAUUUAAAUCCAGUCGGACUGCAGUUAGGGACCAAUCGAAUUCUGGAUUUAUAUCAUAAUACGUGUAGAUUAAUCGUUCUUUGAAAAAAGGGAAGAGAGGAGAGAGAG